CUUCUUCACCCCCUCUUACUUGUCACCAUUAUCAUUUCUCAGCUAUCUCAUAGCAGAUGACAACAUUAACAUGUGAACAUCUUGCUGCCAAUAUAAACGCCGACAUCAAUAACAUGGCAGAUCAUGAUAUCCAACAGCUACUUCUUCAAGCCGAAGGUCGGCUUCGUGAUCAUAACAUGAAAGAAACACGUGAUUUAGUACUCCAGCAUCACAACAACGAAUACUCAAAUGGCACAACAUCUUCGCUAAAAGUUCCCAAGUUAGCAUCAGAGCAUGCGCUGCAACCUUAUGUCCGUGAGCAGGGCAAUAUCGCCACAGUUGAUCCAGCACAUGUCGCACGGCCUCCAUUAGGCAAGUCAACAGUGUUUCAAAUGUCGAACACUGAAAAGACUGGACCUGCAAAUAAGGAUAAACCUACGGCAGGGAAGGACUGGUUCGAUAUGCCCAGAACAGAGUUGACGCCGGAACUCAAGCGAGACCUCCAGAUUCUCCGGAUGCGCUCCGUGCUAGACCCAAAAAGACAUUACAAGAAGGAAAAUGCGAAAACCCAACCUCCGAAGUACCUGCAGGUGGGAACUGUACUUGAAGGUCCAACUGAAUUCUUCAGUAACCGCAUUACGAAGAAGAACCAACGGAAGACGUUUGUUGAAGAAGCAUUGGCCGUGGAGCAGCAGGCCAGACGCCUCCGGUCAAAGUACAACGACAUACAAUCGAAUAAACAAAGCGGAAAGAAGGCAUACUAUCAGAACCUGCGGUCUAAAAGACAAGGCAAGAAGAACACAUGAAAAAUUAUGUUCUCUGGUGUGUUCAAAUGAUCAUGAGAUCGUGGCUCACCCAAAGCUACGGGUGCAGAUGAGGU